AUGGAAAAAAGUAUGGAUAAGAAAUGUUCCAAAAGGACUCAAAAAGAUACAGAUGUUACCACAAAACUUCCAUCUUAUAAACUACCAAAAACUUCAGUAACAUUAAAUUUUGAGCAUCAUCUAAUUAAAAAGUCUAAAGAAAGUUUUUCUGGUUAUUCCACCCACCCAUUUUCUCAGUCAAACCUUGGAAAGGUUGAAAAGUUAGGAAAACAUAAGAAAAUUAAAAGGAAGAAAGUUUUUUCACUCACAGACAAUGACAAUCAACUUUUAUCAUCUCAACAGGCAAUAACAUCUGUGGCAAAGAAUCAUGAAAUAAUAGAUAAUAGCUCUACAAUAGAACUUAGCAUCCUUGAUUAUUACACAGCAGACAACAGAAGAAAACACUCUAGACCCAAGAAAAGAGAGGAAAUAUCACCAGUAUCUGAACUUUCACCUCUGACACUUAAACAUCAAAGACAGUUAAAAGUAGAAGAUGUGGAAUUAAAAACUCAUAAUCUGAGUAGUGAUUUAGAAAACAGUAAAAAGAAAGAUAUUUCACAUGAAGCAGUGAUGAAUGAAGCACUUGAUUAUCAUAUGUGUGAAAGAUUUUCAGAAUCUUCCAAGAGAGCCAUUUCAGUAGAAAAUAACCUUCAGUUAGAUGAUAAAGAAACUUCUGUUGAAAAAAGUGAAAUUCAGCCAAGGGGAAAGCUUUCUCUUAAAAGAAAAAGAGAUAAAAAGAAAGCUAAGUGUAAAAGCCAAAGAAGUGGAUUAAAAAAAGAACAGAAAACAGUAGAAAAGUCAAAGGGGAAAAUGGCAUUUGUUUCUGAAAAUAAAGCUAUUCCUCAUGUUCAGGAUUCAAGUGAAAAAAAGGAAAAAAAGAAAAUUAAAUAUGGUGAAGAUAAAAGUAAAUCUAAAUGUCAAGUAACAUGUCCACUUGUAACAGGUAACUUAAAAGAAAAUCGAAUAAAUGGCAUUAUGGAAAUUGAUGAGUCACCAAAAAGUAGAGUAGCUGGGUUUACAGCUGAUGAUAUAGAAGAGAUUUGUUAUAAUUUAGGACUAAAAUCUAAGGAAAAUAAGCUGUCUCGAUCAAAGUUAUCUCAACGAAAGUUGCUUCAUUCUCAAUCAACACCAGAUUUCAGUCAAGUUUCUCACUCAGAUUCAGAGUUGCUUAAAUUAGUUUUUAACAAACCUGCAACUAAAACCAUUCUUAGUGAAAAGAACUCUCACAAAAGUUUGAGUGCUGAUUCUGAGUCUUUAGUUUUAUCAGAGAAAUCACUAAAAAAAUUUCGGAGAUUCAGUAUUCGUAAACUUCUGGAGUUUGACAAGUUUCAUAAACAGGAGAUUUCAUCAUAUUUUAAAGCAGUUGAUGAUAAAGAAAUACCAGUAAUUAACAUCAAUGACAAUAAAGAUGAUGUUACAUGUGCCACUGAAGAAUCAAUUAAACAAGUGAAGAAUAUCAAGGAAAUGACAGAUGAGCAACUGCAGUGUAUCUUUAAUAAAAGUUUAUCAUUUCUUCAGGAAGUCCAUGAUGGGAAAGUGAGUAUAACUGAACAACAUAAGCAUAAGACUUUUGGAAAAACGUGUUUUUUUUUUUACUUUGUUAUAAACUUCUUUUGAAGGGUAUUUCUCUGUGCUGAAUUUUUGAUGCAGCCAACAUGAUAUUUCUGUAGAUAAGUUGUGAAUUUCAUUAUUAUAAUAUGCCUUUAUGUUCACUUAAGUCUAAGGCAGUCACUUAUGUUGGUGAAAAUUAAACCAUCUUUUAUUGAAAGAAAUUGAUAGGAACAUUUUUCAAACAUGUCUUUAAUAUUUGGACACCCAAAUAGAUUACUGUAGCUUGAAAUUGUUGUUUUUAUAUAUAUAUAUAUAUCCUUGAUUACAGUUACAAAAUGGAGAAUCCUAAUGUAUAUAAAUGUUGAAACUAUCCAUGUCAUGCAGUUUAAUAUGCUUUUAUUCAGUGAUCACUCGGUUGUUGUUGAGUUAGUUGCUAGUUAAUGGAUUGACUCUCCAGAUCAGGCCUCAACAAAUAUUUUCAGAUCAAGGAGCCAGCCAAAAAACUCAGGAUCCAGGUCCGAUAUAGUUAUGGAAUAUAAUUUGACUCGGUUCUGUAGUUAUGGUACAAGACAUAAGUUUUACACUAAAAACCAAACGUUUAUUAUUACACUUUAUUAUAUAACAUAUAUUAAAAUUCAAUAUGUGCAAGUAUUAAAAUAGUAGACUAAAUAACUACAACUUAUGUGGAUUCUUGCAGUGAAUGAAAGUAAAAUAUAAAUAAUCCCUGCGAUAUCGAUAGGCCAAGCAGAUUGUUUCAGAAUAGGUCUAAUCUACUCAUCACUAGAACACUGUGUAAGGAUAACUUUGGGUGUACCUAACUUAACUUGUAUCAGGAAAUGGGGGCUAUAUUUAUUUGCUUUCACAGCAACGAGUGCAUGCUAAUAAUCACACAAUAUCAACAACCACCUAACAUUAUUGCCUGAACUAACUGCCUUUGGUCUCAUGUGAGUCUAAACAUGUGC